ACAUUCUAACUUUUAACAGUUUACUUAGAGACUCAUUUUGACACGCACCUUUUUAAAUUAGCUUCAAAUAAUGUCAUAUGUCAAUAAAGCGCGCGAAGUUUAAUCGACAUACAAAUAUAGAACUUGACGAAGGAGGUUUAGUGCUGUGCUAAUUAUCACUAUGAAGGUUUUAUUUGCUUUGUUAAUGUUGACAUUAGUGACGCAGUCGCAAGGAGAAGUGAUAGUACGAAACGAUUUUGACACUCCAGGCGCAGAUGGGUCCUACCGAUGGGCGUUUCAGACAGAUGGUGGUAUAUACCACGAGCAGCGAGGGUCUCUCCAGCCAGCUGCCUCCGGAGUACCAGCUCUGGUUGUUGAAGGACAGUACCAGUACACCGCUCCAGAUGGACAGUUGAUCCACGUAUUCUACCGAGCAGAUGAAAAUGGAUUCCAGCCAAAACUUAGUAAGCAAUAAUAGAUGACCGCCAUUUUUUGCAUCUGUAUAGUGUCAAGUUCAGAUUGUCGUUUAUGUCAAAUGUCAAAAUGGAAGUCUGUAAUCGUUUGAUUUUCUUUUAAACCGGUUCGUUAUUAUUUUGAAAUGUGAUAAAUUACGAAAUGUAUCAUAUGUGGCUGGCAGGCUAAAUUUAAAAAUAUAUUCUUUAUAAUUUAAAUAUAUAAAAUUCAACUAUAGAACCGAUCAUCAUUUUGGUAAACAUUUAAAAAUACUAU